GUGUUCCAACAUAUUGUACUGCCGUUGCGGGUGCUCUAACAUAUUAUACUACAAAUUUAAUUUGAUUUUACAAAAUAGGAGUACUUAGAAAAGAAUGGAGCAAGCCAGCUAAUAUGCACUGUGAUGAAUUUAUAAAAGAAUGACCCCACGGCUGGGCUCCCCUUCUGCUCACAUUUAUUCAUCUUUUUGUGCUUCUCUUUCUCUCUCCAAAGACACCAGUCAAUCACAAUUCACAAAGGAGGAGGAAGAAGAAGAAAAAAAGAAAUACGUUGCCCCACCAGUUUCUUCCACUUGCCUCUCAUCAAAAUCACUUCUUUUGCUUCAAUAGCUUCCAUGAUUGGAGCUAUGUUUUCUUGAAAAACCUUUUUCUUGUGUUUUCUCUCUCCCCAAAAAACAUGGAAUUUAUGGAGCCACGCCCCAAAAAUCAAGGACCCAAUAACAUUUCCAACUCCGCCGAUUACCACCGCCGCCACCUCCUCCAAAGUCAAACCGAAUCCGGUUCUGGGUCCUGCCCAUCCCCACCCCAUGGGCCUUUGAUGGGCUCCAUCUCCCUCCAACAACCAAGAAACUUAGCCCACUCUCCCCCCUCUGCCUCCGCCGCCGCUAGUACUGCUCUCGUCGCUAUUCCCAACCGCGACGAGAACAAUACCAGCACCAGCGGCGGUGGCCUGGCGACCACUAAUAACAAACUGGUAGCCAAGAAGCCGUCCAAGGACCGCCACACGAAAGUGGACGGCCGCGGGCGGCGCAUCAGAAUACCUGCCCUGUGCGCCGCCCGCGUCUUCCAGCUCACCCGCGAGCUGGGCCACAAGUCGGACGGCGAGACCAUCGAGUGGCUCCUCCACCAGGCCGAGCCGGCCAUCAUCGCCGCCACCGGGACCGGCACCAUCCCGGCGAACUUCUCCACACUAAACGUCUCGAUGUGCAGCAGCGGCAACACCUUCUCCGGGCCGCCGUCGAAGUCCGCGCCGCUCUUCCUCGGCGGCGGCGCCGGCAUGCUCGGCUUCCACCACCAGCUCGCCGCCGCCGGCUCUCAUUUCGGGCAGGAGCCGGAUGAGAAUUACCUCAAGAAACGGUUCAGAGAAGAUGUCGGCGGUGGCGCCUCCCCUAAACCGGGGAGAGCCGGCGGCCACGAUCAAGAACCGGGUCAGGAGCAUAAACCCGGUUCGUCGCAGCCAUCGAGCUACAUCCCGGCUCCCGCCAUGUGGGCGGUCGCCCCUGCCGCCGCCAACGUGGGGAACGCCUUCUGGAUGCUCCCGGUUACCGGGAGCGCGGCCGCGCAGCAAGAGUGGCAGUACAAGCCCCCCUCCGCCGCGGCGCAAAGAAUAGGCGGCUUCGAGUUCCAAGGAACCGGCCGGUUCAAUCCAGUUCAACUCGGGUCGAUGGUACUGCAGCAACAACAACAGCAACAACCGCCGGUUCAUCAACUGGGCCUCGGCGUGACCGAGACAAAUAUGGGAAUGCUCGCGUCAAUUAACGCGUACAAUAAUAACAACAACAACCACAACGGAAUUGAUCUCGGCAUGAAUUUGGAUCACCACCACCUGAGUCAACCGCAACAAAGCGACAGCGGCGACGACGAAACGGCAAAAGAUUCACAAUAGUUACAAAAUAAAAAUCAUGAAGAGUUUGCACCACCAUUUCAAUAUUUCUCCUUGCUUGGUAGUAAUUUUUUUACCUUCUCAAUUUUUAUCAUAGUUUAGGGUGAAAAAAUGAUUACUAUUUGUGUGCAUAUAUUUAAUUAUUGGCCUUUUGAGUACUUAAAUUAGGUAAGAUUGCAUUUUGUGGAGCAACAAAUUUGAGUAUGUUGGUUUCAAAAUAGAAAAUUGUGGGAUUUGUGUAUGAUUUUUAUAUUUUUAGAAGUAAAUAUUUCAGUGCAGAAAAACCUGAUAGGUUUUGAAAUU